UAUACCCCUUCUUUGUUGGCUUGGUGAUCAAGGAAUUCGAGGUUUGAUUGUCAGCUCUCGCAUUUGACUUCGUUUACUUUGAGUCAUGAUUUAGUGAGUUUCUUCAUGCUCAAUUCAAACCGUUUAUCAGGUUGUUCUGCAAUAUAUCGAUACAUGAUAACGUUAUUUUGGUAAGCGCGCGCACACCUUCCACUCCCUCGAAGAUAUGAAACAUUCAGACAGAAUGUUCUGCAGUAUUCAUUCUAGCUCGCUGCGCAAUUCCUGCUGUGAUCAGCUUCGUCUUUCAUCCUUUCAGAAUCGAUAAAUAAAGUACCAGCUCAACAUUAUAGGUUAGCAAUAUUGUUACAACGCUGAACGAGUGCGUCACCAGUUACAUAUCUUUGCGUUCGAAGAUGGCAAUGGCUAGGGUGGUUUUUCACUUGACAUGAGCACCCUGUCCAAACCACAGUUGUUCCUCAUAAACAGUAUACGUAAAUCGACAAUAGGUAAAUGAAAUUCCCUGUUGUUUUGCAAUCUACUUCGUUUAAACUAGUGAUUCAUGUGGAGGUGAAGGAGCAAACUUCCACAUUUAAUAUUUGUCCAAUAUAAUGGCAAUGUAAUCGACUAGACCCCUCUCACCAAAAUUUCAGUGCCUCUAGUAGAAAGGAAUGUAAUUACGAAACAAAUAGAAUGAUAUGGAUGUAAACUGGCUGUCUUAUCAUUAACAAAAAAUUAAUAAAAUUUGAGUAAUAUUUUUUGGAGGAACCUGUCUUUUAUCAGUUCAAGAAUCACUAGUUUAAGUCACUUGGAUAACUAACCUUGAAACGUAACUCAUAUUACAGUUCCCGCUGUCUUGAGAUCCAUGUUUGCUCACUGCAAGCUGAUAGAUAAGAGAGUAUUUUGGUUUCACCCCAUCGUGGUGGCUAAUUAAUGUAAAUCAGUGGAAUCAAUUAAAACAGAAACGCUAUGGUGAUUCAAGUCAUGGACUCGAAAUACUUUUGUAAAACUGCUCAGAAAUCAGUUGAAUUCUGCCAUUUGGAUCAGUGAGACGCACAAACAGUAAAUGUUAAGUUGCACGAUGAAGGAACCAAAAACGGGAAAAGGCAACCUUAAAAUCUACUAUCCUGCUUUGGAUUCUUUUUGUUAAAACGUCUACUUUGGAGAUAUUGAAAAAGAAAGGAAAAAUUUUCUCACAUAGACAAGCGAUAAAAAUAGUCACGUUUCUAUGAUGUUGGCCAUAAAGUUUAUGGUGUGAGUACAUUCCUGUAGUCUUAGCUGAAUAAAAAGGAGCCAAAAUGAAAUUCUGAGGACUGAAUCCACAUUGAUGAACAUCGGAAGAUAAACCAGUACAAUGCCUGUUGCAAACAGUGAUCCUCGAAACUAUGUGAAAUGCAUACCUGUACCAACUGCUAAUCACAAAAGUGUUAAAAUACAAGCUCGAAGUUCUACUAUAUAUAAUGCAACAAUUCCAACUCGUGAUGAAAUUCGCAAAGCUAAUUACACUCGACGGCAACAACAACUUUCCAGUCAAGGCUUUUAUUGCCCAGUACAUUUGCCAUAUAAGGAAAUUGGUGAACCAAUAUAUCUUGAUGAGGAAAGUCUUAUUCUUCAUGCUGUUGGACAACUUCAAGAGGAUGUCAACAAGAAGAAUACUAACCAAACUGACAAUGAGAAAAAAGACAACAAGCACCAGCUCCAGUAUAAGCGACCUCCAUCCCAUUCUUAUGCUGUUACUAAAAUGAUAAAUCUGCGAAGUAAGAAACAGCUCAAUACACUCAACAAAGCAAUAUCCAAUGGCAGGGUUCUGGUGCGUAAUGUAAGUCUUGGAAGAGAUCUUUUUGUUAUGGUAAAAGAAACAGAACACAAAAAGAAAAAGGCAGUUGAAGAUGAAGAAAGAAAGAGAAAAGAGAAGGUUAGAUUACAAUGGAGAAAUCCUAUGUCUGACAGCAGUGACGAGAGUGGCAUAGAAUCUGAUAGUGAAUGUAAUGACUCACAGAAUGACUUAGAUGGAACCAAGUCAAUAGUAUCUGAAAGUUCCUCACCAAUGAAUAAUAGCUCCAGUGAUAAGAAACCCACAAUUACUGAGUACCCUUCAAACAGGAAAAAAUCAAUUCAUGCUAGACCAUAUACACCACAACAUAACAAUAUAGCUCAUUGUGUUAGCAAUAUAAAUGGGGACUCUUUAUUCCGACAACUAUGUGCUCUCCAUUGGCUAUUGGAAGCUUCCAGCAAUGAUUCAAAUCAUUCUAUGAAUCACAUCCAUUCUUCUUGGAAUAUAGAGGAUAUUGGUGGAUCAAAGAUAUUCUUAAAGAAAUUUCAGAAACAGAGAUUAGAUUACUUCAACACUUCUGGAAUCAUUGGAAACGCCUGUUAUAAAUUGGCAUCUGGCCGGAAGCAAUAUGGCUACAUGACACGUCACUCAAGUAGUCGGCGUAGUUCAUAUACUACAGGGUUAAGUGUAAGUACAACACCAAUUCAUCAAUCUCAAGAAGUUGCUAGUCCAUCUUAUCGAACAGAAUCUAGUCUUACUGAAGAUUGUCUUGAAAUGUUAAAUGAAGAUAAUAGCUCGGUAUCAUCUCUACUUCCUGAGUCCGAGUUAACAAUUGGUAACUUAACUGGACAAGAUAACAUUGAAGACUGUGUAAAACUGAAGUCCACCACAGAAACUUUUUCAUCAAAUGAAAAUUCAAGACUCAAGCUUUUGGAUGAAAUGGAAAGGAAGAAAUCGAGAUUGAAUUCAAAAUUAGAUGAAUCUUCUCCAAAAGUAAACUUUGUUGCAAGGCAUCAGAUCCGUCCCAAAAGUUCAUCUGAAGUUAAAUCCAGGCAUCACCAAGAAAAUCUCAUCCAGUUAUUGCGUCAAAAAUUUGAAGAUGUAAAAGAAGACAAAGCCUUUUCUUUGCAUGAUACUUUAGAGAAAAUAGAGAAAGAAAAUUUGCUAGUCUGUCAGAGCAAGUAUCAAGCAAUAUCAGGGGACCAUUUCAGUUAUCGCCAUGUCCUUAAUGAAAUGCGUAAAAAAACAGUAUCUCAGUUCAACAAAUUUGAUGAAAAGAUUGUUCCAGAUAAUAAUUGGUUUGUAGAACUUCAGGAGAAAAUUCCGUCAACCUUAAAAUCUCUAUGGUAUUAUAAAGCAAUACUUCAUAAGCUUUCCAAAUUCAGUUUUGUGAAAUUUGGUGAGAAGUUAAGUGCUUAUAAGUUCCUGAAAGUCCUCUCAACAUUGGAACCUUGGGAUAUAUGCAGUCCUGACAUCAGUGCUGCUAUAGAAUUUUGCCGAGCAAAAAUUACUGAUAUUACAAUUGAAGAAUAUGAGAUUUGGUUCAGACAACAAUUUCCAGCUAUUUACCGACCAGAGACAGCUCCUGCCUCCACUAGGAAAUCCAACUCUCAUAAUGCCUUUAGCAGGACUUUGACCUUAAAGACGUAAUAUACUGUGCCAUUGUUUUGUUGUUCCAUGUAAGAGUUAUUUCAUUGGUUGUAAUAGAUAUUUAACAAAUCUGUAAUAAUUAAUUUGAUGAGGAAACGAGGAGGAAAUCUCUUGUGUUAAUUCUGUGAUUUAUCUCUUAGAUGUUUGUUGUUGGAUGCAAGUCAAAAUGAUAUAUUUAGUAAAAUACAUGUAAAUCAUAUAUCAGUAAAUAAUGUAAUUUUUUUUUAUAAUUCAAUUAAUUUAUUUCAACCAUGAAUCAAAAAAAAUGAAUAAAUAAAUUUAUGUAAAUUUCAUAACCUAAAAUGGUUUACUUGCAGUGAUAAUUUAAUUACAACUAUAAUUUUAUUCACUAAUAAAAUCAGUUACUGCUAAUCA